AUGAGACCUUUCACAGAGUCAAACCACAAGAAUCGUCAACAGCCACAGGAGGCCCACCGACAGGGGGACCACCGACAGAGGGACCACCCACAGGGGGACCACCCACAGGUGGACCAGUCUCUGGAGGACCACCCACAGGGGGCCCACCGACAGGAGGCCCACCCACUGGGGGACCAUCCUCUGGGGGACCACCGACAGGAGGCCCACCGACAGGGGGACCAUCCUCUGGGGGACCACCGACAGGAGGCCCACCGACAGGAGGCCCACCGACAGGGGGACCACCGACAGGGGGACCACCCACUGGGGAACCAGUCACUGGGGGCCCACCGACAGGAGGCCCACCGACAGGAGGCCCACCGACAGGGGGACCACCGACAGAGGGACCAGCCACUGAGGGACCGCCCACAGGCGGACCACCCACAGGUGGACCAGUCUCUGGAGGACCACCGACAGGAGGGCCACCCACAGGAGGCCCACCGACAGAGGGACCACCCACUGGGGGACCACCCACAGGGGGACCACCCACAGGGGGACCGCCCACAGGGGGUCCAGCCACAGGUGGACCAGCCACUGAGGGACCACCCACAGGUGGACUACCCACAGGGGGUCCAGCCACUGGGGGACCAGCCACAGGGGGACCAGCUACAGGGGGCCCUCCCACAGGGGGACCAGUCACUGGAGGACCACCCACUGGGGGCCCACCGACAGGAGGCCCACCGACAGGGGGACCACCAACAGGAGGGCCAGCCACUGAGGGACCACCCACAGGUGGACCAGCCACAGGGGGACCAGUUACUGGGGGACCACCCACAGAGGGACCAGUCACUGGGGGCCCACCCACAGGGGGACCACCCACUGGUGGACCAACCACAGGGGCACCACCCACAGGGGGACCACCCACAGGAGGACCACCCACUGGGGGCCCACCCACAGGGGGACCACCCACAGGGGGCCCACCCACAGGUGGACCACCCACUGGAGGCCCACCCACAGGGGGACCCCCCACUGGAGGCCCUCCCACUGGAGGCCCACCCACAGGCGGCCCACCCACAGGCGGACCACCCACAGGGGGACCUCCCACAGGCGGCCCACCCACAGGCGGACCACCCACAGGGGGACCUCCCACUGGGGGACCACCCACAGGAGGACCACCCACAGGGGGACCUCCCACUGGAGGCCCACCCACAGGAGGACCCCCCACUGGAGGCCCGACCACUGGAGGCCCACCCACAGGGGGACCACCCACAGGAGGACCACCCACUGGGGGCCCACCCACAGGGGGACCAACAACGACACCUCAAGAGAUAA